CAGUCGGUGAAACUAAAUGACAACUGAUUUGGUAAAAAGGGUGCAUUUAUACACAGUUCCAACAGACUGCUGAAGGUUCCCCCUAAAUGCUAUCAGUAUCUGAUAGUAAUCAAGUGGACAGUCACAUCUCAUGAACUACAUUCAUUUCUAUAUUCAACCAAUUUAAUUUCUUGGAUUAUUGAUAAGAGGGCAACUGCCUAUUUACAAUUAGUUCUUGGGACAUCAUUUAGAUUGAAUCGGUUUCAACCUUUCAGUGUCAAGUGUAACUAUGACCAACAAUGUGUUUAUAAAAGCAUUAACCUCAAAAUAACUGCUCAUCAGAUUCGACUUGCAAUCACAGAAUAAGCAAAACAUCUCUGCAGGAUGCUGUUGAAAUUUUGUGUUUGCACUAUAGUGACUGCCUUCCUGACAAGUGCCAAUUUCGGUUUUACUUGUGAUGCUAACCAGGUUACUGGUGUUGCUGGAAUUGCUGGCAUUGUAGAAAUCCAAGAGCUUAAAGAUAUAAAGCAGAGUAUUGAUGACCUCAAGGGUUCCACCCAACAAGAUGUCCGAAACCUUCGGGAACAACUGCAGGCUUUGAAGACACUGAUGGAACAAAAUGCAAGAAGACAUCACAUUCCAGUUUUCCAUGUUCAUUCAUCUGAAGGUGGUUACAAAUUGUCCUUUGACCAAGCCAAACAGGCAUGCAUUGACCGCAAUGCCAAAAUCGCAACACCAGCCCAACUACAGGCUGCAUGGGAAGACGGACUGGAUGUCUGUGCAUUUGGUUGGGCAUCUGAUGGGAAAAUUUACCUUCCUAUCCGUUACCCUAGACCUGGCUGUGGGGGUAGCAGAGCCCUGACAUCUGGAUACAAGGGCUGGAUUGACCAAAAUGCUGGUGGGAAGGCAGAUGUUUAUUGUUUCAAGCUGUAACUUUAUCAUGAAAAUACUGCCAGCCAAAAAUUGGUGAAUAAAUUGUAGAAGCAGA